AUGGCCAAGCCGCUGCAGCUUGUGCGCGGACUGCGCGGAGGGCUUUGCAUUUUCAUCCCGGCUUUGCUGGGCCCGGAGGUUUCGCCAGAGGAGUUGAGCCACUUCGGGCAGAUGGCCGCGGCGGUGCGGCAGACGUGGCUGACGAACAGCACGACCUUUGUGGUGCCCGAGGAAGGUGGCGAGGCUCCAGGGCUGCUGGAGCAACUUGACGGCCUGCAGAUAACCAGGCUCACAGUGAAAGGCUCCUUGCCGUGGCGGUCGCUCAGGGCUCUGGGACUCUGGCGUCACAUCGUAUCAUUGCUGGAGGAGGGAGGUGGCUCCGGUAAGUGCAACUGGGUCAUGAAAAUCCCUGUGUGGAGUUAUGUGAAUGCGCCGACACUCGAAAGCCGCCUGGCCUGCUUCAAUGCAUCAGACACCUACUUUCUUGGCGUGCCCACUGUGGCAUACAGUCCUGGUGAAGAGCCAUUCAUGUUUCCAAAUCCUUGGGGCGGCAUCAUCAUUAGUCGCGGGCUCUUGGAGCAUGUUGCCGCCUGGACGGAAUACUGCAUGCGAUAUGCCGAGACCAUGGACACUCAGUAUGGUUCUGAUAGCUUCUUUGAUGACUACACGUUCUCCAUGUGCAUGAGUGAUUUGGGACAAGUGGUUGCAAGCAACUAUGCCGACAUCGAGGGCAGUUUCCUUCUGUAUGACCGGCCGAACCACACUGUCAUGAAAUUCAAGGGCCAUCCGGACACACUGAAGCAAUGCUUACUUGUUGUCGGAAAGCUUGACACAGCUGGACAGGUUCUGCACGUGCAUGAUCGCAUCUCGUGGUCGAAAUGGCACACGAGCAUACCUUGCAUAGGCGAGUCUCAGAUGGGGAAGUUCAGCAUCUCAGAUGCUUAUGGCAAUGCUAAAGACUACUAUGAAGAACGGAUCCGCCUGGCCCUUUAUUACUGUAAAGCCCCAGAGUUUGUCCAUUUGGAAAAGAGUCUCUCAGCGCAUCUGCAUGGCCUGGACCCCAGGGCAGGUCAGGGCGCCCUGGCCACGCCAGUUCCCUCCAGCGCACGGAAGCAGCGCUUCGUGGAGGCCGCUGAGAUGGCCUGGCGCAUUUGGGGAACCAGCGACACUUUCUUUGUUAGCAAGCAGCCUCUUUCAGAGCUCCUUGACAGUCAAACAUUCCUUCUAGAGAAUGACAUUGACACGGACUAUGCGCACCUGCCGGUACGAACAUUUCUGCUCUUUGAGGCCUUGGGGCGGCCUGAGUGGGUAAAUGCAUGCGACUGGUAUAUGAAAGCUGAUGCUGACAGCUUUCUGAACGUGCCUUUGAUUGAGCAGAGGCUGCGUUGCUUCGACCCGUCGGAUUUCUGGUUUCUCGGCGUUCCACAGGUUGCGCACAGCGCUAGGGGUGCAAUGACGAGGUUUGCAUCAGGAGGUGCGGGCUACAUCGUAUCACGAGCUUUGUUGCCAAAGCUAGCAACAUGGGCUCCCUUCUGCUUGCUACAACUACUGCAGCAUGCCGGAGGCACUGGUAUGGAGGAUGUCUCUCUUGCAGGUUGCAUCUGGAAAUGGGGCCACAUAGAUGUUGUGAGCUAUGUGGAUUACGAGACAGAGGUCAUCACAAGCGAGGCCGCGCUCAACAGAACCAGGGUGACCCAUGCACAUUUGCCCAAUGAGAAACUUGAAGUUCCGCCAUGCUCCAUGGUGGUACACUCAGUACGACCAGAGGAGCUUGAAAACGUCGCAGCCAACAUCAAACGAUCUUGGCAUGAGCGGGACCCUGCCAGGAAAUGCAUUCCUGACCAGCACCGCUUGACGCAAGGUGCCGCAACACUGCUGUCCCCAGAGCUCAGCCACUUGGAUUUGGAGGCCUCAAAGCUGGGGAAGACAUAUCACUGGGCUGUAUAUGGCGAGCGAGAGUUUCAAGUGCUGCUGGCAUGUAGCCAGCAGCAAGCUGCGGACAACCGCACUCUUUGA